UAUUCUUCGUGUACCACGAAAGGGAAACGAGAAAGAAUUUUCCAUUUUAUACUGUAUUCAACAAGAAUUAAAAGAAGCAAACAUGGCUGUAAAUCGUUUUAAUUUAAAUCGCGGCACUUUACGAUUGGUUGGAAAUUUAUUUUCCCGCUGUCAAAUACCAAUUUUUGCCCUUCAAGGUCAAUUUUCAGAUGUAACGACAAUCAGCCAGAAGAAUUUACAUCUUUCAUCUUGCAACAACUCCAAAAUCAAUAUGGCAGCAUUGCUGAAGAAAAAUCUUUGGGAAAAUGAUCCGGAAUUAUUUGACCUCAUCAAGAAGGAGAAGAAACGCCAAACAUCUGGUUUAGAGAUGAUUGCUAGUGAAAAUUUCACAUCUCUAAGUGUUCUUCAAUGCCUCGGCUCAUGUCUUCAUAAUAAAUACAGCGAAGGUCAACCGGGCCAAAGAUAUUACGGAGGAAAUGAAUUUAUAGACGAAAUUGAAAUUUUGGCGCAAAAAAGAUCUUUGGAAGCAUUCGGUUUAAAUCCCGAAGAAUGGGGAUGCAAUGUUCAGCCAUAUUCUGGAAGUCCUGCUAAUUUUGCCGUUUACACUGGAUUAAUUGAACCACACGGUCGAAUAAUGGGUCUUGAUCUUCCUGACGGAGGUCAUCUCACUCAUGGUUUCUUUACGGCCAACAAGAAGAUUUCGGCGACGUCAAUAUUUUUCGAAUCAAUGCCAUAUAAAGUUGAUCCAGUGACUGGUUUGAUAAAUUACGAUAAACUUGCCGAGGAGGCGAAACUCUUUAAGCCGAAAAUAAUCAUUGCCGGCGUUUCCUGCUACAGUAGAUGUUUGGAUUACAAACGCUUCAAAGAAAUUGCAACGGAAAAUAAUUCGUAUCUCUUCAGUGAUAUGGCUCACGUUGCCGGAUUAGUUGCGGCAAAAAUUAUUCCCAGUCCAUUUGAAUACAGUGACGUUGUCUCUACAACAACCCACAAAACAUUACGAGGACCGCGAGCCGGUGUUAUUUUCUAUCGAAAAGGAGUGAGAAGCAUUGGAAAGAAUGGCGAGAAAAUAAUGUACGAUUUGGAGAAUAGAAUUAAUCAGGCAGUAUUCCCGGGACUUCAGGGCGGUCCACAUAAUCAUGCAAUCGCUGGAAUAGCCACAACAAUGAAACAAGCUCAAACUACCGAAUUCAAGGAAUAUCAAAAGCAAAUUGUCGCAAAUUCAAAACGUUUAUGUUCCGAACUACAGAAACGUGGAUAUAAAAUAACAACCGAUGGAACUGAAGUGCACAUGAUUUUGGUUGAUUUAAGUUCAACGGGAAUUUCAGGCGCUAAAGCCGAAAGAAUUCUUGAGGAGAUUUCAAUAGCUUGCAAUAAAAAUACAGUGCCAGGCGAUAAGAGUGCAUUGAAUCCAAGUGGAAUUCGACUUGGAACACCGGCUCUAACAACACGUGGUUUAAAAGAAGACGACAUUGAUACAGUCGUUGAUUUCAUCGACAAAGGCUUAAAGCUGGUUAAGGAAGCAACGGCCUUAUCAGGUCCAAAACUUGUCGAUUACGUCAAAGUUCUACAAACUAAUGACACAAUCAAGGAAAAAAUUACAUCACUAAGAUCAGAAGUGGAAAAAUUCUCCAAUCAAUUCUCUCUACCAGGCUUCGAAGAUUACUGAAUCAAUUAGUAUUUUCGAAUCUAAUCAAAUUUUCGAUACAUUAAAAAAAAAAUCCCCAGAAUUUUCAUAUUGAAAAUUAAUUUUUUAUUCCGUAGGAAACAAUAAUUUCCCACUAAAAGAAAAUAAGUAAUUUUAUCAAUUUCGCAUUUAUAUAUUUUUCUAUACUUGUAUUAUUUUAUUUUUUGGUAAUAAUAAAUAACAGCAGCCUAUUUUAAUUCUGAUUUUAUUGCAUGUCGAAAAUGUCACAUUAUUUCUUAGCAUUUAUCUUAGUCAAUAAAAAUAUUACUAAUUUUUUUCAUGGAAA